GUGUGCGUGUGUGUGUGCGUGUGCGUGUCCUCCCCACGGCCGCACUCCUCCGGCACGGGCCGCCUUCCCGGUUCCCUGGCCUCGUGGCUCUGGCCCUGGCCGGAGUUCGCUGGGAGCACCCCCCACACUCCCCCGCCCUAGAGUCGGGCUCGAGGUCCCGCCCUCCCCCCUCCUCCUCUCCCCCCUCCCUGCUCCCCGCCUCCGGCCGCCUCCUCUGGGCUGCCCUGUCACCGCCACGGACCGACCUACCUACCGAGGCGCGCACAGGCGCUGGAGCCGGAGCCGGAGCCGGAGUACCAGCCGGAGCCCGAGCAGGGCACUAGCCCGGCUGGGGCCAGGGCUAGAAGUGCGGACCCCGCCCCUCCCCAUCGGGGCUUCAGGAAAGGGGGGCAGAUCCAGAGGUCAGAGUCCACAGACCGACUGGGAGAGCUUCUCCUUCCUCCCCACUGGGUUUGUUGCCAUCUCCGCUUCCCUGGGACCCCGCCGGGCCAAGACCUGCCUGAUCUCCCUCACCAUGCUCCCGGGCCUGGCCCUGUUCUGGGCCCUGGUGCUGGGGGCGGAUGGGGGCCCGGCCAACAGCCCCCCUCGGCUGCGACUCUCCUUCCAAGAGCUCAGGGCCCGGCAUGGUCUUCGCACCUUCUCUCUGCCUCGCACCUGCUGCUAUGAGGCUCUUCUGCUGGAUGAGGAGCGUGGAAGGCUGUUUGUGGGUGCCCAGAACCAAGUGGCCUCCCUCAGCCUGGAUAACAUCAGCAAACAGGACAAGAAGCUGGCCUGGCCGGCGCCUGUGGAGUGGCGAGAAGAAUGCAACUGGGCUGGCAAGGAUAUCAGUGCUGAGUGCGUGAAUUUUGUGAAACUGCUUCAUCCUUAUAACCGAACUCAUUUGUACGUCUGUGGGACGGGGGCUUUUCACCCAGUCUGUGGCUUCCUGGAGGUUGGGUACCGGAUAGAGGAGCCAAUGCUGAAACUGGAUCUGAACAGCCUAGAAGACGGAAAAGGGAAGAGCCCCUAUGAUCCUAAACACCGGGCAGCCUCGGUGCUUGUGGGGCAGGAACUUUACUCUGGAGUAGCCACAGACCUCAUGGGCCGAGACUUUACCAUCUUCCGGAGUCUUGGCCGGCGCCCCAACCUCCGAACAGAGCAACAUGAUUCUCGAUGGCUUAAUGAGCCCAAAUUUGUGAAGGUUUUCUGGAUCCCGGAGAGUGAGAAUCCCGAUGAUGACAAAAUCUACUUCUUCUUUCGGGAGGUGGCCGUGGAGGGGAACCCAGGCCUGGGCAGGGUGUCCGUGUCCCGCAUUGGCCAGAUCUGCAGAAAUGACAUUGGAGGACAACGGAGUUUGGUGAACAAGUGGACCACGUUCCUAAAGGCCCGGCUGGUGUGUUCGGUGCCUGGGGUGGAUGGGGCAAGCGACACAGUCUUCGAUGAGCUUCGUGAUGUGUUCCUGCUCCCCACAAAGGAUCGAAGGAGCCCCCUUCUCUACGCUGUUUUCUCUACCUCCAGCAGUGUGUUCCAAGGCUCGGCCGUCUGUGUGUACAGCAUGAAUGAUGUCCGGCGUGCCUUCUUGGGUCCUUUUGCCCACAAAGAGGGACCCAACUAUCAGUGGGUGUCCUACCAGGGCCGGGUACCCUAUCCCCGGCCAGGAAUGUGUCCCAGCAAGACCUUCGGCACCUUCGGCUCCACCAAGGAUUUCCCAGACGAUGUCAUCCAGUUUGCCCGAAACCACCCCCUCAUGUACAACCCCAUCCUGCCUGUGGGUGGGCGCCCCAUCUUCCUCAGGACUGGCACCGACUACACCUUCAUGCAGAUUGUCGCUGACCGCGUGGCUGCGACUGAUGGCCAUUACGAUGUCCUGUUCAUUGGCACAGACAUUGGCACAGUCCUCAAGGUGAUCUCAGUACCCAAGGACAGCUGGCAGAGCACAGAGGGGCUUCUGCUCGAGGAGCUACAGGUGUUUGAGAAUGCUGCGGCCAUUACCAACAUGCAGAUCUCUUCCAAGAGGCACCAGCUUUAUGUGGCCUCCCAGAGCUCUAUUUCCCAGCUGCCCCUGCAUCGUUGUGCCGCCUAUGGCCGUGCCUGUGCUGAGUGCUGCCUGGCCCGAGAUCCCUACUGUGCCUGGGAUGGGGCUUCCUGCACCCGCUACCUGCCCAAUACCAAGAGGAGGUAUCGUCGCCAGGAUGUUCGGAAUGGAGACCCCAACAUACUCUGUUCUGGGGAUCCCCCACGCCAAACACUGCUGGAGAAGAAGCUGUUUGGGGUUGAAGGCAGCAGCAUCUUCCUUGAAUGUCAGCCCAAGUCCCUGCAGGCCCAGGUUCUCUGGACCUACCAGCGGACAAGUGAUAGUCUCCGAAGCCAGGUGCACUUGGAUGACCGGGUGAUCCAGACAGACCGGGGCCUGCUCCUUCUUAGCCUGAGCCCACAGGACAGCGGGCUCUACCAUUGCCAUGCUACCGAGCAUGGCUUCACACAGCCCCUCCGGCGGCUCAUCCUGAGUGUAGUAGCUGCCCACCAAGCCGAGCAGCUGACGAGGGUCGAGCAGGCCCAGGGAAUGGGGGCAGGGUCCCCUGCUAGCCAGAAGCUCUGGUACCGAGACUUCCUGCAGUUGGUAGAGGCACCUGGGAGGAGUGGCGGUGGUCCUAUGUGCCCCCCAUCUUGGAGUAACGCCAAGGAGCCCCAUUUGCCUUCAGCCCUGGGGUCUCGGUCAAAGGGACACAAGUGGAAACAUCUUGAAGAGAAGAGGAAAGGAAGGAAUCGCCGGACCCAUCCCCCAGACCCUCCUCGGGCCGAUCGGGGACCUCGAAGUGCAGCCCGAUGGUGACCCCGCCACCUUUUCCCCAGACAUCAGUGGGGAUUGAGGGGCCAAGGGACCAAGCUGGGUGUCCUGCUUCUUGCCUAACUGGGGUCCUUUUCAACCCCUUGAUGUGGAGAAGGGGCCCCAGGAGAGAGAGACUGGCCUUUUAAUGGGGCAGGGGGUCCCCUUUCAAUCUCCCUGCCUUGGGGGCCCAGAGCCGGGGAUACAACCACUGAUAUAUUUAUUAACAGACCGUAACCAAUGAAUGUAACCCCAAGAGGGGCCAGGGAUGGGACUGGGAGGCCUGCUGGUGGUCUGAGGUUAUAUGCAUCCCCUCCCUUGGCGCCUCUUUUCCUGCUUGUUAAGUCUGGGUCCAGCAGACAGAGCUAGCAGUGCCUGGGGCUUGGGAAGGCUCACUAGCCAAUCACCCCAGUGUCCCAGGACUAGACAAUCAGUUCCAGGUCAUUGGGGGAGGGGGAGUUUGAGAGAAUGGGAGAUGCAUUCCCCAGCCUUGAGAGACCAAAAACUACCAUCUCUUAAGGAUUAAGUAAAACAUAUGGCGGAGUGAGAAUUUUCCCUCUAAGGCUAGAGGUCCCCUAGAAAGACAGAGGAGAGAACAGGAGAUUUGGAGGAAUUAUGGGGCAGGAAUGGGAAAUGGAGAGAAUGUACAAAGUUAAUACAGCAGGUGAUUAGGCAGAAGGGAGUGCUGCCCCACUGCGCCAGGGACCACAAAGAAUUAUGGGGAUCACACGUGUAACUGUGUGUAUAUGUUUGUGCGUCUCUGUGUGUGUAUGUAUAUGUACAUGAGAAGGCAGUGGGCUAUAGGGGAGAGAGCCUUGUUCAGGAUUCCAAUUCUGCCGCAAAUUCACCAUGUGAUCUGGGGGUUAGUCCCUUCCUGUUUCUGUGCCUCAAUUUCCUUUUGUGUAAAAUGGUGAUAAUUUCUGCCCUGCCUACCUCACAGGGCUGUUGUGAGGAUCGAGGGAACUAACAGAUGUGAAAGUACUUUGGAAAGUAUAAAGAGCUGUAUAAAUGCAAUAUAUUAUUAUUAUUAUUA